AUGGUUUAAUUUUUAAAUAUAGGUUUUGUUUGCAAGAAUGAAGAUAAAAUUAAGGAUUUAGUCAAUCACCACAUGUGUGCUGCUUCUACUAAUUUAACUGAUACCUCCAAGUUUGGUAUCUCAGCUGAAAAAGUUUUUGGCUUCUGGGAUUGGGUCAGUGGAAGAUACUAAGUCUGGAGUGCAGUAGGCUAAACAUUAAUUUAAAAAUAUGUGCUCACAAUAUUGAUACCCAUUUAGCAAAAACAACUUCAAUUAAAGGAAAUUUACCUUUGUUAUUAGCUUUGGUUGGAUUCUACAAUACCUCAAUUAAGAAUUUAAAUGCCAGAGCUAUUCUUCCUUACUGCUAAGCUCUCUUUAAAUUUGUUCCUCAUGCACAAUAAUUAGACAUGGAAUCGAAUGGUAAGAGAGUAAAUCUUGCUGGACAAACCCUUGAUUAUGAAUGUACAGUCGUUAAUUUUGGUGAACCUGGUACUAAUGGUUAACAUAGUUUCUAUUAGCUUUUACAUUAAGGUAGAAUUGUUCCUUGCGAAUUUAUUGGAUUCUGCAGAUCCUAGUGCCCUUUUGUUUUAGCUGGAGAACCAAAGUAACCACCUGAUGCCUUAGCUUGUGGUAAAACUAUUGAAGAACUUAAGGCUGAAAAAGUUCCUGAGAAUUUACAAAAUCACAAAUAUUUCCCUGGAGAUAGACCCUCCUUAUCCUUAUUAUUUACUGAAUUAAAUCCUUACACUGCUGGUUAAUUACUUGCUCUUUACGAACAUAGAAUUGCUAUUGAAGGUUUCUUGUGGGAUAUUAAUAGCUUUGAUUAGUGAGGUGUAGAACUCGGUAAAGUACUUGCUAAGUAGGUAAGAACCUUCUUCUAAAACCACAAAGACAAGAACACUGCCAAUUUCACUGGUACAAAAUUUAACUCUGCUACUGAAGCUUUAUUAUCUAAGUUUGUCUAACAUAAAUGAAAAUCAAUAACAAUGCAAAAUAUAUUUAUUUAUUUUUAUCUUUAUUUGCAUAAAAUUGUUUUAGAAAAUAUUAAUUGAAUUGUUUAAUAAUUCCUACAUAAUUUGA